AUGGUAUUCAAUGACUUUUGUUUUCUUAACUCGUUUGAAUUCUUCUUUCUAACCUGCUUCAUCAUCUAUCUAUACGCUCCGAUGUUACGCAAGGCAGCUGAAGCCUCCAGCAACAAGGAGCCGCCCCCAGGAGAGACUUGGGAAGCUUUCAAGGGCGUCAACUUCAAUCUGCGGCCUAACAAUGACUGGACAGGACAGAAAAUACCACCUGCACUCCAACGAGUCGAAGAGGACUCGAACUUGCCAGAAAAACUCAAACAGAUUCUUGUUUGGUCAUUAUCGCCCAAUGCGCCUCUGCCACCGGGCAAGGGCCAGCGAAAUGUUCGACUGCCAGACGGAUGUACUGUUCAAAACUCGGCACAAGCAGAAGAUGGUAGCGGGCCUCAUCAGACGAACACAGAAUCGGCUCGCCGCUCUGUUGCCCCUGAACAUUUCGACAACGAUGACACAUCUGAGUCUCGAAGCGCGCAGUCCGAGCGCCGUUCCGAGAAAAGUCGGUUAAGAUCACGGUACCUCGGUGGCAGCGUUCUUGGGUCUACCAUCAGCCUUAUCUCAACCCUCAAGAGCAAGUCGGACAAGGAAUCAUCGCAGCCUUCUAACAAUGCAAAGAAGACACCGGCGAGGAGAACAUCUCAAGUCGAAUGUACAAGCUGCUUUGAAGAGAUCUCCGAGAAGGAGUCGAGCAAACUUCCUUGCAAUCACUCAUAUUGCAAGUUAUGCUUGACAACCCUGAUCACAACUGCUCUCCAAAACGAAUCUAACUUCCCGCCGAAGUGCUGCUUGACAGAGAUUCCAUUACACACAGUUUUGUUGUCGCUCGACGCUAAGCAUAGGGAGAUAUACAAGGAGAAGGCUGCUGAGUAUGCAAUUGCACCUCAAGAAAGAUGGUAUUGCCCAAACACAAAAUGCUUGAAAUGGAUUCCACCCGCAAAGCUCCAACGCAUCCGCAUAUUGAACAUGAAAUGCCCACACUGUGCAACGAAGAUUUGCAGUAUAUGUCGCGGCUUGGCUCAUCGAGACUCCGCAGAUUGCCCUCAAGACUACGGCCUCGAAGCAACAAUUAUGCUGGCUGAGCUGCAGGGCUGGCGACGCUGUUUCAAAUGCCGCACUAUGGUCGAGCGAACGCAAGGCUGCCGACAUAUGACUUGUAAAUGUGGUGCGCAGUUCUGCUACGUUUGCGGUGUCAAGUGGCGGACCUGCUCUUGCACUGAAGUAGAUGAGACCAACCGCCAGGCAGAGUUGAGACGGCGCAGAGGGGCAAGAGCGGAGAUAGCGGAAGCUGAAGCUGCAGAAAUCAAUCGAAUAAUUGCCCAGGUCGAGGAAAUGGAGCGACUUGAGGCGGAGGAGCGUCGAAGAGAACAGCAAAGACAAGAGGAGCAGCGCAGAGAAGAGGCCGAGCUCGCGAGACUGGAGGAACAGCGUCUUCGGGAAGAGGAGGCCAGACGCACGGAAGAAGAACGAAUGGCCCAAGAGCUGCGACAGAUCCUGCGAAUCUCCAUUGAGGAGUCCUGUCAUACAAUCCAGUCUGCCUGGAACGGUCUUCUGCGAGCACAAAAGAAGAACUUGGAUGACAGACAUUUGCGUACCGAGCAACAACAUAUGCAGUUCCGUGACGAAGCAAUGACGCGACAAGAACAAGAGAAUGUCGAAAACCUGGCAAAGAUGGAAUCGAACGUUGCGAAGAGAACAACCACCAUCAAGGAGAGGCACAAUAUGGAGCUGGAGGCGUUUACCAUUGAGCAGCAAGAGCUGGAAGACGACUUUUUCCUGGAAACUCAGCUACACCUCCGUGGAAAGCAGGACAAGGAAGCACGAGAACGCCGUCUUCAGGAACGAUUUCAGCGACAGCGCGAGGAGAAGCAACAAGCCAUGCUCUCAAAGCAUCGAUCCCAAUCAGAAGCUCUGCAAGCGAAUGCUACUAUGGAACUCCAGGGCCUGAAGUUAACCAAUGAGAGCAAGUUGGCCAGGCUUGAGCACAGAUUCCAUUUGGAUUUUGAGACUUUACUAGUGAAUGUUGCGGCGGAUCGCGCGUGGUUUGGCUUCCUUUCAGAGAGACGUCAAAACAUGGUGGACGCGAACCGGCGAUUGAUGCUCGAAGCUCUGGAUGCCGGUCAAGAGCCGGUUGGGUUGACCGAAGACACUGCUACGACAAUCGGUCCAUUUUUGACAACCACGCAGCUCGAAUCAGAGAGUUCUGGCUCGACGCCUUCUCUUGACGGCGCACUUCUUCAGGAGCAGAGACAGGAGCCAUGGAGGGAGGUCUUAUCACCAUCACCGGCAAACAGUGCGUCUCCAGCGCGCUCCUUGGUCGAGCUUGCUGCAACGUCUCAGCAAUUGUUGAACAGCCUGAAUGGCUCAGUCACUACCCCAGAGUCGGACGUCAAGAAAUUACACGGCGGUGCCUUCAGCCACCUCACGUCCAACAGUGCCUUCGCGUGGAUGACUGGUGUCGUCGAGGACAACGCCACGUCCAGCAAUCAUACUACGCAGCACUCUCCCCCAGUUCGAAGUCAUGAGCUCCACCGUCAAGAUCGUCCCGAUGCUGCUCCUAUGAGGCUUCCGGCAACAGCCAAUCCGGCCGAAAUGAAAAUGUCGGGAGCGCUGCCCUCCAGAGGACACUCGGCGUCAUCCAGGGACCAUCUUGAAGUUCCGGUCCCAAUUCCUGCGCCAUUGCAGGCUGGGAGACGGCGGCCACAGCCCCCCUCAGAAGGCUUGAAGGGCCCAGAGCGUUACAUGAACGAUCCGCCACCCCCAGUCCCCAGAGUGCCCGUCAUUUACCUUGCCCAGCAGUCCGGCGCCGGUGGAGAGGUCGGGGACGAUUCAUACACAGUGCAGCAGCCAAGAGUACUGGGUGGCCUGGUACCCGUCGAUUCAAACAGAGACAGUCACGGAGCAAGGUAUAGAGACCAUAGACGCCAGCUGUCCUCGUCCUCGAGUUCCAGCUCGCUCUUGACUCGCUGUACGGCGACAACAUCAAGGUCAACUUCCGCUACGCGCACCGCAAGCUCUCGAAGCAGCGGCGACAGCGUCUUUCUGCACAGUCUGAUCAUGGCGACGACCAAUGCAGCCACCGCGGCAGGCCGACCUUCGACGACCUCACUCUCGCCAGUGUCGCCGAUAUCCCCCACCGCAGAGGCAACGAAGCAGAAGCCCGGAUCCGAGUCCGGGCCCGGGGCAGUGCCACAGAUGCGGCCGACGCGAUCAGUGUGGUCGAUUCUGGGCUGA